CUGCCCGCUUCCAAGAUGGCGGCGGCGGGCGGGCUGCGGCGCGCGGGCUGGCGGCUGUGGCGGGCACGGCGCGCGGUGGUCAGGUGCCAGCAGUACCCGCCCCUCCGGGCUCUCCAGGCCUCCGCCGCGCUCAGAGCAGCCUCCGAUGAGCACAAGAAGGAGCCAUGGGCAUCCUCCUCCCAGCAGCACUUUGAUUCACCUCCAGCUGGGCACCAGCCUGAAGAGAAACCUCAGGGCCCUCACCCCAGUUACACUGGCCAGGGCGGCCAGCAGUCUGAGGACUAUGAGAGCGAGGAGCAGCUGCAGCAUCGAAUCCUCACAGCGGCGCUGGAGUUUGUGCCUGAGCAUGGCUGGACUGCAGAGGCCAUUGCAGAGGGAGCCAAGACCCUGGGCCUCUCUGUUGCUGCAGCAGGGCUGUUUCACAGCGAUGGCAGUGAACUGAUCCUGCACUUUGUGUCUGACUGCAACACCAAACUGUCCGAGCUGCUGAAGAAGGAGCAGAAACUAGUGCAGCUGGGUGAAGCAGAGAAGAAGCCUGUAGAUGAAUUCCUGAGAGAUGCUGUGGAAGCCAGACUGAGGAUGCUGAUUCCAUACAUUGAGAAAUGGCCCCAGGCCCUGAGUGUCCUGCUGCUCCCACGUAACAUCCCUUCCAGCCUCAGCCUCCUCACCAGCAUGAUUGAUGAUAUCUGGCACUAUGCUGGGGACCAGUCCACAGAUUUUAACUGGUACACCCGGCGGGCAGUGCUCACUGCCAUCUACAACACCACGGAGCUGGUCAUGAUGCAGGACUCGUCCCCUGGCUUCGAGGACACCUGGCGCUUCCUGGAGAACAGAGUGGCUGAUGCCAUGGCCAUGAGCAAUACAGCCACCCAGGUACAAUCCACUGGAGAAGCUGUUGUCCAGGGCCUGAUGGGAGCUGCAGUUACUGUAAGUAAUGCUGGAACCUUCAGGGCUGUGAGAGCAGAAUUGCUCCUGAAUGUCAGCAGGUGUUUUCCUCCCAAAUCUAGAGGACAACAUGGAAAAACUGUCAUCUUUCAUAACUUAGAUUUAUUUAAGGGUGAUUUCCUUGGUAGUCUGAGGUUAGCUCACUGUUUUGUGGUGGAAGCACUUGAAUAGAGCAUAAGGAAAUUAAGUCUGAAGCUGCAGGGUGAGCUUUAGGGAUGAGAGACAGGUGAUCAGAAUAAAUACAGCUGUUCUCCAUUGCUUGUCACAAGGUCUCUCCCUGUGCCAGGCUCUGUGCUGGAAAUCUUGACAGAGGCUCAGUGGCCCCAGUCCCUGAGCCACAGCAUGGUGACUUCCUCAAGCUCUGUCAUUGGACUCCAGUGUCCUUCCAAGAAUUCCUCCACUUCUUGGUAGUGUCCUGGACUGCUUUCUGUCAGGGAACUGCACUUCUUCUGGGAUACAAAAUAACCCUCUGUGUACCCAAGAGUGGCUUCUGAAGGCCUUCAGGGCCUCGCUGUGAUUCUAUUUUUGGACAACUCCCGUUAGUUAGUAACAAAGUGAUUUUCUUGUUAUGGGACAAGUAGGCUGGAACAUAAUUUAGACAUUGUAACUGAUGAAGCACUUGUCAAGAAUUUCUCCCACCUCCUUUCCCCUGCAGUUGUGGUGGGAUUUGGUGUCUCUCAGGCUCUCUCCUGUCUCAUACCUGCGUGUGCCAAGAGGAUCCUCCCCUAGAGAAGCCCCGGGCUCUGUUUUACAUCCACACGGUGCCCCCGGGUCUGGGAUGUCUCCCUCUGUCCCUGCAGCAGAUGCAGUGCCCAGAUAAACCUGGCUGCAUCCUGAAGGGGGUGGGCUGUGGUCAGGCGGCUUUAGGGCAGAAUCAUCCCCGUACAUUCCGGACAGGGGAGCGCAUUCCGGACCUCCCACAGGUGCAGGGGUCCCGAGGAGGUGUACAGGAGUGCUGAGCUCUGCAGCUCUCUGCAAAAUGGAUGAGCCAAAUGAAGCCCCAAAAGCAAAAAAUCACUGCCGAGGUCUGUGGGGCCACAGAAAUAAACCCAAACCUGCUGACCGGGAGGGCAGGCUCCGGUGCGAGGGGCGGCCGGAGUUUGGUUCUUGUCCAUCCCCAAACCACAGAGAUCCCUCUCGGCCCCGCAUCUCUGCUCGUAGCACACCGGCCUCCCCUCGGCACCCGCCCGGGACAGGAGCGCUAAACCCCGUUCUC